AUGGCGCCGGAAGACGAUGCGGAAUGGAGCGAGGCAGUGGAGUCGCUCGAAUUGAGCAUAGAGCAGGCGCCGGACGAUUACAGACUGCGCUGGUACCAGCUGACUCUGUUGCGUCUAGCGGGCAAUUCUGAGGAUUUGAGACGACGAAGAGAGGCAUGCGCGAGCCGAUGGCCGAUGCCGGAACAGUGUUGGAGGGAGUGGAUAGAGGACGAGGAAGGCGCCGAAGAAGACUCGAUGUCUGACGAGGCGUACGACAAGAUCGAUGCCAUGUACAGAAGGGCCGUUGACGACUUCGCCUCGCCCGAAAUUUGCAUGAGGUGGUUCGAGUUUCUGGACCGCUGGUUUCUCAGGGGCCUCACCAGACAGGCCGAGCAGGGGGGUCAGAUGCACCCGAGCCUGCAGAGGGUUAGGGACUGCUACGAGUUGGUCCUGCAGAAGUUGGGAGCGAGGCUGGCGGAGUCCGCCGGGCUCUGGGACCGGUAUCGCCGCUUCGAAGUGGCCAUUUUGACCGUGAUAGAAGACGAAGAUGAAAAAAAGUUACAGGUCAGAAGAAUAAGGGAGCUCUUCCGCAGAGAGUUCGCGCACCCGCACCUGCAAAUCGAGGACGUCUACCGACAGGCCUACCUCCCGUGGGAGGCCGAAGUCUCCUCUAUUCUGCCCGUCCAGGAAGACGAGAAGCAGCAGAUUCAGCGCCUCUAUUCGGACGCGCUCGAGUUCGUAAAUUUAAGAAAAGUGUACCAAUAUGACGAACCUGAAAACGUCGACCCGUCCGCCUAUCCCCCGACGCCUUGGCAGUCCUACCUCUCCUUCGAGCUCUCUCAAGACGCGCCCGCGUCCACCUUGUCCUGCUUGUACGAAAGGGCCGUCGCCACGCAUUUCGCCUGCUCGCAGCUCUGGGCCGAAUACGCGCUAUUCCUGCUCUCUUCGUCGCCCGCAUAUCCCUGCGACACGUCCGACAUCCAGUCCCUGCUGCGCAGGGCGAACCAGCUCUGUCCCGACUGCGUCGACCUCCUUCCCUGUCGCCUCUUCUACCUCGAGUUCACUCGUUCCGACGAGCUCUUCGCCGAAUUUCAGUCCGCGCUCUCUUCCGUCCCCGAAGAGGCCAAGUUCUCCAUCUGCCAACAGUACCUGGACGCCUGCUCUAGGUCCAGCACCAACGGCCGCGAGUCGCUCGAUCGCGCUCUCUCCUUCUUCCACCAACACGUCCCUCAGCACCACCUGGACCUCCUCCUCGACGCCGUCGACCACGCGUCGCUCCGACGCCGCGACACCGACCACGCCGACUCUCUGUGCUCCCUCGCGACUCACCUCUACCCCACCUCCUCCAGGUCCUGGCUUAAGCGCAUCCGAUUCGAACUGUCAAGACACCACGUCCAAAAAGCGAGGUCGCUCUUCCACGAAGCCUCGCACCUCCAACUCGACCACCCGGAACUGCUGCUUCACGAAAGAACCUCCCUCGAAAGAUUUCACGGCCACCUCCACCAAUACCUCCAAUCCAUCUACCUCUACUCUAAACACCAUCUACUCACCCCUCCACCACCACCCUCCCCCUCCCAAAAAAACUCCCACAAACGCUCACCCCAACCACACUACACACCACCUCACAAACGCACCAAACCCACCUCUCCUCCCCCCCCCUCGACCGACUACUUCCAACUCCUCCCCCACUCUCCUGAACCCUCCCCCUCCCGCCGCCCCCCCAACUCCAACCCCCUCUGGCUGAAAGUCUCCAACCUCCCCUCAGACCCCUCCUUCUCCCCCUCCUCCCUCUUCUCCCUCCUCUCCCCCUCCUCCCCCAUCCUCCGAAUCCGAUACUCCCCCUCCGACCCCUCUCACGCAUUCGUCCUGCUCCCCUCCAAACGCCACGUCUCCCUCGCCCUCUCCAAACACCCACCCGUCUACACCCUCUCGUGGAACAUGGGCUCCUCCGACGUCUCCCUCUCCCCCCUCUCCUAUACCGUCUUCGUCCACAACCUCGGCCCAAACUCCAGCAAACAAUCCAUCCACUCCGUCCUCAAAUCCGCCAACCUCGCCCUCCCCUUCGACAUCCGCAUCCCGAGACUCCACGACACCGGCAAACACAGGCGCAUCGCCUACCUCGACUACGACGACUCCACCCCCCUCGACACCGUCGUCUCCCAACUCAACGGCCUCGUCAUCAACGGCAGGCGCAUCCACGCCGCCCCCAGCGCCCCCCCCCCCAAACCAUCACCACCCCCCUCAACCGCGCCCCCAACCCCCCCUCAAGCCCCCCCCCGGCCCCUCCUCCCCCGACCCCUCGCCACCCGCAGGCCAAAACUCAACAUGUCCGCCUCCCCCACAUAA